AUGGUACCGCUCGGUGAUCUGUUUGGCGGACAGUCAGCAGCCAUAAGCUCAUUCCCAGGAUGGCUUGUUGCAUUGCUAAUGUUACUGAUUAUUGGUGCACUGUUGUUGUUACUGGUGAUGUUUUGCAUCAGAAGGAAUUUGUUCUGUUUUAGAAAAGUGAAACCGUCACAUCCAUAUGACGAUAAAAGGAAAAAAGCGAAGUGA